AUGUACCUAGCCGCCAGGUGCCACCUCUGUGGUUCAAUAUCCCACACAUCCCGAGCAUCCGAUCGCGAUAGCGUUGCUAGCGUCGAGAGGGCACCAACGACAACCCGCACCCACGGAGCAAGCUUGGGUGCUGCUCGACCGGGGGGGAGGCUUCUGCCCCUAAGCCAUCGUGGCCUUAUCGGCUGGCUCCAGAGCCGCAUGGUGCAACAGGCUCAUGUGGUUGGCCCAGCUCCGAGGACCCUACGGCAACGGCAGAACGUGGCUGGCGUCGACCUCGACGUUGGCACCCGAGAUACACACGCAGCCGCCCGUGCCUCGAGUACUGAGAACAGGAACAAGCUUCCCACAAGUGGUCUGGCACUGAGCCAGCUGAACAACAUAGCUAGCAAUGCUACCGCCCGCUCUACACUGCUCCAACGUCGCUCGAGUACGGGCAUUACUAUCUUCAUAAUAUGGGAUACAGCCGUGUCCAUCGUGAAAGAUAACUACCGCACACCGACAUUCUCUGGCGCAUCGUCCACGGGGCUUGUUGGGUACGGACGUGGCCAUCUGGUCAGGCUAUCCUCGUACUUUGGCCCACCCCCAGUGAGAAGAAUCCCUGUGCCAUCUGGCUUUCAGUUCCCAAUGGAGACACUUGAGUAUUGGCAGACCAUAAGGCCUACCUGCAGCUUCUUCACCCCUCGGGUUACCCAGCAGACGCCGAAAAUAUAUCUGCAAUAGGACGUGAUUGCUUAGUAGCACGACAUGCUGAUAUGUAUGCAGACCCUUAGAGGCCGCUAUUUUGAUGUCGGUCCCUCCUGCCAGAAGGUUGGAUGGGUCGGGACUUUUUUUUAACCCGAGAUUUGCAAAGCCUGCAGCGGAUGAUGGCAUUACUUCUCUUUUCUGGUAUUGUUUUGGUUUUCUCUGUCUGUUCCGGAACACUCGCGGAGCAGCCUAAAGGUCUCUCUAUGUCAACUGCACUCAACACUGCGUGAAGCAUGUUGGGAAAAGGUAGCUUCUCUGGAAAC